GCCUCUUCAGGAUAUUAGCCAACUUCACCUCAUCUCAUAAUCCAACCUUCAUUUCCAACUUCAACAUUCACUCUCUUGAUUCUUGAUGCCAAAGACAGCAUUCACAUAUGAGGGAUUUUCUCUUGGCGGACGUUCCAUUAUUGAGAUUGAGUUUUCGCCAAAGCCAACAACUAGAUAUUAAGGUACACUAGUGGAUCUGCCAGGCUGCUGACGAUCCUCGAAUAGGAAAGGCUUAUCGUGACUCGCAUUAACUAGAAACAUUGGGACACUCGAGUCCAUUCCUCACUGGCAAACAAUCUCGGACUCGAUCUUUUCGCAUCUUCUUCCUCGCUGUCGUUACUCUCACUGUCAUUGACUUACAUUCGUUACCGGAGGAAUUGAGGCACUGAGGCCGUUGAUCGACCGCACAAGGGACAUUCGGGACCUUGGGAUUGUUGGACCUCGAUCAACAUGUUUCAGUCGAUCCAAUUCGCGAUUCUUUCGCUCUUCGUCGCAACUACCUUCGCUGUAGAGACUGUGGUUAUCAAUGGCUCGGAUUUCGUUAAUUCGGUCACUGGGAAUAGAUUACAGAUCUUGGGUGUCGCAUAUCAACCUGGAGGAUCGUCAGGAUAUGAUCCAGCCAGUGGAGUAGAUCCGUUGAGUGAUGGGAGCGUAUGCUUGAGAGAUGCUGCGCUCAUGCAGCGUCUGGGCGUGAAUGCGAUUCGAGUCUACAAUGUCGACCCUGACCUUAAUCAUGAUAUGUGUGCCUCCAUAUUCAAUGCGGUUGGCAUAUACAUGUUGAUUGACGUUAAUUCUCCUCUAGCUGGACAGAGUAUCGACCGUAGCGCUCCAUGGGAUUCCUACGACUCUUCAUACUUGAACCGAACAUUUGCUGUGGUGGAAGCAUUCAAGAGCUACCCAAAUACCCUCUUGUUUUUUGCUGGGAAUGAGGUUGUCAAUGAUCUGCCAACUGGUGGAACUGUUCCUCCGUAUAUGAGAGCUGUCACUCGAGAUCUCAAGCAUUAUAUUGCAAAGCACUCCACCCGUAGCAUCCCCGUAGGAUAUAGCGCUGCAGACGUUCGUGAUGUUCUUCUCGACACCUGGAACUAUCUUCAAUGCACUACCACUGGCGAUGACACGGACCCUUCUCGUGUGGAUCUUUUCGCACUUAAUAGUUAUUCGUGGUGCGGUGAUUCUACAUACCAGACAUCUACUUAUGACGUCCUCACCGCAGAUUUCAGCAACACUAGUGUCCCAGUGUUCUUCUCCGAAUAUGGCUGCAAUCAACCAUCACCUCGUGUCUUUACCGAAGUCCCCGUUCUCUAUGGGCCACUCAUGACUCCAGUUCUUUCUGGUGGUCUCGUAUACGAGUUUACUCAGGAGACCUCCAAUUAUGGUCUUGUGAAUGUAAACAGCAAUGGAUCUGCCGAACUUCUGGUUGACUAUGAUACCUUGCAAAAGCAAUUUAACACCCUGAACGUUACCAUGCUUCAAGGCGAAAAGGCUGCAAACACCACUGUUGUGGCCCCAACUUGCGCCUCUUCACUCAUCGUUAAUCAAGGAUUCGCAAACAACUUCACAAUCCCAGCAGUUCCUUCCGGAGCACAAGAUCUAAUCGACAACGGCAUCAGCCCUGCACCCGUUGGGAAGCUAGUUACGGUUACAUCCACUAAGGUCACCCAGCAAGUACAGCAGAGUAAUGGCCAGGUGAUGACUGGUCUUGCAAUUACCCCUCUGGCCGACGAUGAAAGCAACAACCCCAGCGGCGCAAGCCCGUCGUCUUCUAGCACAACCACAAGUUCUGCACCAGCAGCAACUACCAGUAAGAAGGGCGGGGCUGGGAAUGUAAAGAGUAAUUGGAGUGUGCUGCUAGGCGUUGUAUCUCUUUCCGUUUUGUACACUUCUUUCAUUUGAGCCAAUGUUGGCAUACUUUCUCUUCUUGCACAUAAUUCGGAGACGGGUUUCAUGAAUGACGAGAAGUUUCGUGGGUGUUAUCUCCUUCAAGCAGCGUCAGUUCAUGGUUGAGAAUGGGAUGGAUGUUUUAUUGAUGAGCAUGAAGCGAUGCAUUAGAUUACUUAAUUUGAGUUGUACGCCAAGCGCGACUCUCUGCUUCAAGGAACUAUAUUUGAGCAAUUAGCAUGCACGAAGCGUGGUAUUGACCUUAUCAAGGG